CUGAAACUGAAACUAGUUUGUUUGUCUCUACCAGUUAGAGGUUGCCAAUAUUAGGUCGUUGUAAAUGUAAUCAACCUUUUUUCAAUAUGAACACUAAUGAUCACAAACAAAAUUGUGACCUUCCUUGUGACUCUAAGAACAGAGGCGAUACAUUUUCAAUUAAGGCAAAAGAUAGAUGGAGGCUACUUAGAGACCGAAUACUUCAAUAUAAAUCUUAUAGCUACAGUCAACCCAGUGUGUGUUCGAAUGUCGACAGAAUAUUUGGAUAUAGUCUUCUCAAAAGGUCGGCAUCUUUUUCUUCUUGUAUAAUAGAACAGGUUCUUUACUUACCUCGAGAAAAUGGGCGGAUUGCAAUUAAAACACCCUACAGCAUCAAAUUUUACGAUCUGAAACAAUUUAAACUGAUUAACGAAGUACUUUUGACGGAAAACGAAAAUAAAAAUGCUUUUAGUCAAAGUUAUAACCGUUUAGCAUACGCAUCAAAAGUGGACGUUUUCAUCGGUUGGAAACCUGGUGGAAAUACCUUAUGGCCUUUAUCAUGUGAAGAUCUUGAGAAUGUUGGCAUCCCAUCAACAACUAAAAAUCAGUUGAUUGGUGUAUUUUCAAACUUCGAUUCAGGAAGCAUAUUUUCGUUGGAAUUAAAAUCGUUUAAAACAUUUUCGAAUGACUAUUGUUGGAUUAUAUUUGCAAGACACUGGCAGUUUCAGUUCACUGAAAUCCAACUUAUACCUAAUAAAUGUGUACCAGUUUUGAUACUUAGGAAUUGUAUCUCAUUUAGUUCUCCAAGUUGUCGAGAAGAAUUAUUUACAAAAAUCGUGACAUGUCCUCUACUUAAAACUCUUCUUGAGACAUAUGAAUUUCCAUCACAAUUAAUCAGUUUCGAAGAGAAAUGUAGUCAUAACUGUCAACUUUUAAUUGGUUGGAAAUGUUCAGCUUGGCUGCGUUGUAUGCAAUUCAAUAGACAUUUCAGUUCUCUGUCCUACAAUAAUUAUUAUGAUGAGAAUGAUGCAAAACUAUUGGAAAUGAUCAAUUUUCAAACCUUUGAAAAUUCUGUGAUCAACCAUCAAUCACAAAUUACAGCUGUUCUUUACAUUAGCCCAUUAAAUAUUUUGAUUACUGGUGAUAAAUGUGGGACAAUUAAAACAUGGAAUACUGACCAAGUUCAAUUAUCAAUACUUCAUGGUCACUUGGGAGAAAUUAUUCAUUUUUCGGCACAUAGGUGGGAUUUAAUUAGACCACAAAAAUUUUAUUCCACAUCUCCAAGUUUCGUUUCUAUAAGUAAGGAUGGAUUGAUGAAGUGUUGGCAGUUCUGGCAAUCACACUAUAUAUAUCUAAAAAAUGGUGGUUCGGAAUCUCUAAACCUGUCAAGAAUUGUAUCAGAUAAUGGAACUAUGGAGAAUACUAUCAAAGAAGUAGAUAGUAGACAGACGCUAAUGAACUUGUAUUCAAAGAUUCUGUCUACAAAGACUUCGGCAUCAAACUCAGUGCAUACUAUUCAUGACAUUACAGUGAAAAGAGACACUGGUGAGAUUGUUUUGGUUGGAGUAUGUGGAGAUAUCAGUUCAUGUAAGAUUCAUGAGAAAUGCCAACAGGAGUAUUACUUGGAACACUGGACAAUAUCUGAGCCUUGUUCACCGAUGGCCGAAUUUCCACAAAUAGUUAAAAAUAUUUCAUUUAUAAGAUUGAAUGAUUUAUAUGAUAUUGUUAAUCCGGCGGCCGAUAAAUCAUCUAAUCUAGCUGAAUAUCAAAAUGAUAAUUCGAUUAAUAUAGCAGUUGUUAUAUGUGAAGGAAAACCUGGAAGUGUACAUUUACUUUCCACAUUGAACGGAUCCAUUUUAACAACAGCUGUAUGUGAAGAUACAGUUGAAGAUGCUACUUGGCAUUGGAUGCUAGAAAAAUUGUUUAUUUUACAAAGUAAUGGAGACAUCGCUGUAUUUUCCACUUGUAGUCGACCGUGUAGCCUGCUUUCUAUAUGGUCAUCAUCUGAAGAUGAUGUGUUUUACCGUGGUCCACUCUUACUUUACCCAGUACACAGCCCAGAUUACUUCAAGCUAUUUUUGGAAGAUGAAAAAUCCAGUGAUUAUUUACCACCCGUUAUUUUGUUACUGCUGGUUGGUCAAUCUGAUGGAUCUUUAGUUGUGUUGUGUACUAAAGAGGGAAUCAUAAUGAGCAAAACUCCAAAGUAUUCAACAAUUCAAUCUUCAAACAAUCUUCCAGAAGUUGAUCAGAAACAACAUAUAUCGUCGAUUAAAUCAAAUCCGAUAUUUGGGAGAUUAUACACCAUUACCUUAGAUGGAACAUUAAAAGUAUGGCAAUUGAUAACACCUUUACCAAUUGGCAUACAAAUACAAAAACUGGAUAUUUUUCAAAGGGAUAAAUCAAAUUUACGUGUAUAUUUCACACGUUUUCCAUUUAAAAUUAUUAAUAAUACUGACAUCUAUUGUAUUUAUACAGCUAAGAAUUAUUCACUACCCGAAGUAGGAAAAACUGAUGUUAAUUGUGUAACUAAUUCUUGCUAUUACAAUGCAAUCUGUGCUGAAGUGACUAAUCCAGGUGAUAUUUAUUCUAUGUUCGAUUUCAUAACAACACGUUAUUUUGAUUCAGCUUAUUUAAAUCAUGAGAAUACAACUUUGGUUAAAGAUAUUUGUAUUGGCUCAACAAAUAUAAGCAUAUUAAAUAAACAUUUUGAAAAAACGCCCAUGAUUGAACAAAUAUUUUUAACAAUAACCACUGAUCCUCUUGAGCAAGAAGGCCUUUACUUAAAAGUAUGGCAAACAAUAUUUGAUUACAAUAUGGGAAAUGAAUAUCAUUUCAGAAACUCUAACGGUUUGAAACGAACAUCUAUAAAAACACUGCAGCGUUUACAAAUGUUAGUUGAUAGUGGAGACACUGAUAUCGUCAGUUUAAAAUGUGGUCUACAAUUGAUAAAUACACUUAGAUUACCAUAUCCAACCGGAUCAAGAAUCUCUAAAGCUGUUUGUAGAAUAGUCAGUAUUCCAUCAAAUGGUGAUAUUUUAUUGACAAUCAAUAAUACUAUAUAUUUACUUCACUAUAAAACAUUGAAUAAGUAUUUUCGAUUAAGAUCUUAUUUAUUAAAUUUAAUGAAUCGAUUUAUUGAAAAUAAGAUGAUUACACAUAUAUUACAAAAUGUUGUAAGAAAGAGAGAAUGGAAUAUAGAUGGAUUAAGAAAAAUGAAUGAUGUAACUUUGUCUUUGGUUUGCAACAUUCGCGAACCAGUAGACCAUUCACUUGAAGAAAAGCUAACAGCACAAAAUUUAUCUGAGAAAUCAAAAAUUUUUACUAAACUCAAAGAAAGAGAUAUAGAUUUAAAGGAAAUAUCACAAAUCAAAUUUGCAAAGACUCUUUCAAAACGCCGUUGCUAUAUUGAUUACGCUUCAAUGCAAGAGGCUAGACGAAUCGCUUUUAACAAUUACUAUGAAAAGAUAUUAUCUAGACAGUGUUUUAACUUAACUUCAUACUCGAAAGAAUUAAACAAUGAAGAGGAUGAAGAAAUCACUUUAUUAAAAGAGCGAUUGUUAACUACGGAGCAAACGUAUUCACAAAUUCAAAUUGAAGCAUCAGUCAAGAAGAGACUAGUAAAAACAAGUAAACAAAAACUUACAAAAUACCAUAAAACUGGUAAAAAGCAAAAAUUGCCACAAUCAAGUGAAGAUCUUUCUUUAGUAAAACAUCAAGAGACGAUUAAGUUACCGGUAAUUACUGAUAAUAAAGAGUCCGAUUUACUUAUUAGUCAAAGAACAAAUGGAUUUUUUCCAAGAGCAAUUCUACUUGAAAGUGGACGUUCAAAGUAUGGCUGGGCGCCUAAUUCUUUACUUCUUGGCAAAUAUUAUUCAAGAUUAUCUCACUCAGGAGUAGAUGAUAAAAAAAAUAUGAAUGAAUUCAACUGGGCUGACGUUGAAGCAAGAUCAGAUAGGUCAAGUAUUAACGGAUUGGAAAGUACACUAACUUCGAACUCUAGUAUAGGUUGGAUAGUGGAAUCAGACAAAGAAUUAACAAUGUUCAGUAAAGAAAUGAGUGACGGGGAUAUAAUAGAUGAGAAUACAGAUAAAAAGUUGCUUGCAAGUAGAUUUGUGGAUAUAGACAAAUCAAUGGAUCCUAUAGUUAGUUUAUCAACGUUGCAAAAUGAAAUAAGUACUGAAAUGGAACGAAGUCAAAUGUCUAUAACUGAAAAGUCAACACCGUCGUCAAAGAAACGUAAUGUAAUAGCCAAAACUGAUCUUAAGCAAUCUUAUUUGAAGGAAACAGAUUUAUUGUCUAAUUUAAUUGAAAGACAAGCACCUGGUCGUCCAAAAUACGAACGAGAAAAUACUAUUUUCUUGACAGAACUCACAAAUACAGAUUCUCCAGGGAAAAUCGACAUAUUUUUACUGCCUGAGUUCUUGCAAAGUUUUAGAAAUUCCAGAUGGUUGUCUGUUAUGGGAUUACUAAAUGGUCAAGAACCUGAAGGAUGGUCUGACUUUAAUGCAGGUUCCAACCUUGACUGCUUUAUUCAGUGGCUGUUUUGGACAAAUAUUAUACCAAAACUAUGCUCACAAGCAACUUCACCAUGCAUAGAGGAUGAAGAUCCGUAUCAUUGUCAGACUAUUUCACAAUUUUGUACAGAUUUUAAAACACUGUUCACAGAUCAUCAGUUAUCUGUCAAGUACAUCCCCAAACUACAUCAUUGCCUGACAGGAUGCAUAAUUAAUGAAUUGGGAAAAACAAUAGAAUUCAAAGGAUGGAAAAUGUUGGAAGCAGUGAUCACACUUUUGAUUACAUUUGGUUUCCAUGAUAUUGAUACAGUAGUUAUCUUAUUAAUUUUGUAUGUGAAAGUCCUACUGACCACUGAGAAAGAUGAUCCACACUAUCCAGAAGAAAUAAAAAAUGCUAAUUUAACACACUAUAUUCAUCAUUCAUUAGAGUCCCUUGGAUUUCAAAUUAAAUACUGUAAUUAUCUUGAAGAAGAGCUAAGUAAACUAGAAAAUAUCGAAAGAAAUGUGAAAAUUAAUCCACCAAAAGAAGUUUUCCACCUACAUGAUUGUAUUCAUUUGGUGAAAAACAUUGAAACACUGAACUGCUGGAUUAAAUUUUACAGAUUAUUAUCUGUGUGGCUUGAGAAUUGGUUCAGAAAAAGCAAUGAAAUAACAUCGAAGUUUGCUUACAACUUGAAAAAAGUCUACAAACUUUUCUCAUCACGUUACUUUCUCGUGUUCGUAAAAAUCUUUGGAUAGAAAACAGAACAUGAAUUUGUAUAGAUUUCUUAUAAUCUACAGAUGAUCACUAAUAGUUUAUGAUAAUUAUGAAAUUGAAUACAGCAUUAUGAUUAGCAGUAAAAUAGAAGACUCAUGUUUCAUCCUAUUCAGAACUCGUCAGCUGGUUAAACCUAUUCUGAAAUGUUGACAUUUAAACUCGAAACCACUACUCAUCACUUUAAAAGUCAAUGUAUUUUUAACCCAGCUAUUGAAUCAUGAUGGCCAUUAGCGUAUUCAGCAGCUAUUGCGUAUCAAUAAUUACUUAUUAGAGUGUUUUCAUUUCCGCUAGCAAACAACUCUUUGAAUCAUUGAGGUACAUGAAUUUAUUACAAAUUAACAAUAACUUUAAGGUUUCAACUCAUUAUGUUAGUUGCAAAUCAAGUAAUUUUCUACUGUUACAACAAUGGUUAAAAUAUCCAGUCUAUGGGAUCUAAUAUCUUUAAAAAUGCAUUAAUUAAAGCUAUUCAAUUCAUUAAACAGUUUCUUAUUAUUUCAAAUGAUCAAUGAAUUUCUACCUUGUAUUAUUCAUCUAGAAUAAAUCUCCCAAACUCGGAAAUCAAUUAAAAAGUAUCCUACAUACAACAAAUAAUUCAACAAUUAAAAUUAAAUCUAUAAAUAGAGAAGUGAAAUGGUCAAAAAAUGCCAAUGAGGUUCGUGAAGAAUUUAUUACAAACGAUGGUAUACAAGCUUUAAAUACGUUUGUUAAUUGGUGUCAUGAACAAAGAUUAUUGAAAUUGCGUGAACAAGCUAAAGCAGAACAAUUACAUAUUGAUAAAUUGAAACAACAUAUUAAUGAGACCGAAAAAGAAACUGUCAUUCAAAUGAAAAAUGUUAACAAUGAUGACGAUAUUCAACAGCAUAAAGUGGUUAUGCUAUUACCACCAUUGAAUGAAUUAGAAAGAUGUGUUGUGCGUUUAGGUGAAUCAUAUGUAACUGAAAGACGUAAAUGUUGUAAAACGGAGAAUAUUCUUCAACCAUGGAUUAAAAAUGUACGACAAACAAAACAUGGAGAUAUUAUGAAAAGUCAAAGUUUACGUGAUCCAACUCAGCCUUCAUAUGCGCAACCAUGGAAAUCAUAUAAAAAUGUAUUAACAGGACAUUUCCCUCCAAAAAUACACAUAAAACCAACAGAAUGUAAUCUUUUACCAUUUGAUGAACAUCAACCUUUUAAAGAAACUUUAAAACAAAAGCUUUCACAAAUUCAAACACUACAAGUGAAAGUAAUUAAUUUAAAGAAAGAAAAUAUUUCGAAACAUAUUAUACCUUCCAUUGUCAAUGAAAUGGAUAGUAAAGAUUUAGAUGAUUAUCAUAAAUUCUUAUGUUCACUAAUUUAUAAUGAAGAAAAAAGAUCGAAUUCAAUAGUUCAUUGGUUCAUACCAAUAAUGUCGUCAUGUCUGCUACCUUUACCUAUGAAACAAAGGAAAUUACCUGAUAUCAAAUUGCCACAUUUAUGUUUAAAGUUACCUUAUGAAAAAGUAGAACGUGAUGGUGAUGACUAUGGGGAAGAUGAAUGUGAGAUGCUAACUAAAAAUUAUUUUUGUAUUUCAGACGAUUUGUCAACUGAAUUCAUGUCAUCCCCAAAGAAUUACUGAUGACAUUAAAUAUACAAAACAGAAUUGCUUGGAUUUAUUUAGAAAGUUAGAUUUCCUCUAUUUGAAAUUAGUUUUAUACUCUCAUUUACGCAAUAAUUUUGGUAGCCAAAUGAUUUAAACAGUGUUCCUGUAAAUUUUGAAAUCCUCAGAUUUUGAAUUAACCUUCUUGAAUGAUUUAGGUUUUUUGAAUCAGAUCUGUAGGAUCGAACAAAUAAAUUGUCAAAGACCUUAGGUGGCAUAAUUCAACAUGUUGAUAUAUCUUUGUUAUUUUAUACCGUCAAACUCCUUUAUUGUAUUGUAUUAUUUUGUGCUUCAUUAUGUUUAACAUUUUCUCUAAUGGUCAAGCCAAUAGUCACAAAACUAUCCGGAUUAUGCAACUGAGUGUAAGCUUAUAAACUGAUUGAUUAUAAAAUGUGUCUGAUAAACAUGUACUUUAGUUACAAAUUUGUUAAAUUCUUAGUUAAAUACUAAGUGAAAGAUUGA